AUGAACGAAAUACCCUUCCCCUCGUGGGUGCACCGUUCACCGGUGUUUGCAAUGGCGCGGGUGCUGGGUAGACAAUUGCAGGAACAAUUAUUAGCAUCACCCACACGAGUGUCAUCCCUAGCAGGGAGCCACCGCGAGGAUUCUGAGAUCCGCCAGAUGACUUCGCUCUUUUAUACAAAGUGCGUCGAUUCAAUGAGCUCAUUUAACUUUGACGAGCAUUCAGCGGGGGUAAUGUUUAGCGGAGGUGUGAAAACACUUGGCGCCAUUACGUCACCAGCAGCUACGGAUCUGCGGCUGGAUUCCGCCAAAUCCCUGUCGCAGUCCUGUGACAUCCUCAAUCAUCCACGCGUUGCGCUGCUCAUUGAAUUGUCCCAGGUAAACGAGCUCAUGUCACACGGAACAAGCGUCUCCACCAAAAACGCUCCGGCUCUGAUUUCCCUUAUGGCCCUUGCUGUGGAGUGCCGCUCGCUUCCAAGUGACCACACCAAGGGGUUCUACACGGAGUGUGCUUCCUUCUAUACAUCGCUGAUGCAGCGCCUGAAGACCAUGACAUUUCUUCCUGGUGUUGACGUGCAGGGGCUUGUGGCUUCGCUCGUCUCUUGUGGGCUGCAGCUGCGGAGCAACGAUGAAGAAGUCGGCGGCAGUGGUGGUGGCGAUGGGGGUUGUGGUACCGGCAGAAAUUCAAACACCGGUAUCAGUAGUAAUCGUAGAGUGAAGAAUGUUGGGCUGGCAGGGUUUGACAGUCGCGUCAUUGACUCCAUUAUUGUUUCCUGCAUUCCCGCAAGCUUCGACGACUGUGUUGAGAAUUCCAUCGCAUUGGGCACACUAGAAGGACUCGCGUACACGACUAAGAAAAAGUCUGUUUACUUGAGCUCACAACUCGUGAAUCACCUCCACAAUCUCACAGACGCCUUCACAACCCUGCCUAGGCGAAAGGAACCAGAAUACAAGAAGCUGCAGUGCUACCUUAUGGAGGCGAUAUGCUGCGCUCGCUGUGUUGAAUAUACACGAAUGCAUAACUGGCUUGCAGUGAUACUUGAACGAAAUUACCUUCUAAAGGGCCUCCUACAGAAGGAGGAUUUGCAUGCGCGUGUGGUGGCCGCGAUGCUGACACUGCUAACGAGGUGGCUCCAGGACGCCGCGAAAGUGUGCAUUUCAAAAACCAAGCGUACGGGUGGUGGUGACAACCACAGGGAUGCGGCAGCCUUUGCGGUUCGUGAAGAGUCUAUCGAGGCUGAUGCGCUUAUAGAAAACGUCUGGACGGCACUUCAUGAAGCGAUUGUUACAUGGGAGGGACUUCAAAAGACGAACAUUACUGUAUACGGUGACAACGUGCGCAUUGUUGUGGAGAACUUGCUGCGGGCAGAAAUGGAACGUGUGCAGUGUUAUCGGGUCUUAAGUGGGGUGCAGUGCCACACUGGUGUGGUGCAGCAGCAGGGUGACACGUCUCAUUUAAGCUACGUGCCAUCGGCGGAAGAGGAGGACCUUCGGCUUCGCGUGAUUGGGAAUAUCGUGAAGUUCCUUCUCCUUCCGACAAGUGUUUUCGGUGCGAUUAGUGUAAGGGCUGUUACUGCAACAGCGGCCUCUCUACGACAGGACGUCUCAGAGCAAUGCGCAAAGGUGAUUGCACUUACCGCCGCUACAUCAGGCAGUAUCACAUCACUGGGGCGCUCCACCACCACCAGCUCUGCUGCUGUCAUUUUGGCGAGUUUUUCCAACAAAUUCUACAACGGCAUUGAGAGCAUCGCCCACACGUUAAUCUUACGUGUCUUGGAGGCAGGCUCGUUGAGCGCCUCUACGUCAUUGAACGCGGAGGAGGGGGAAGAAGAAAUUCGUAUUGCAGCGCUUUGUAUGCAGAGCCUAUGCGCCACGAAUGCGCAUAUACGUUCUUUUGCGGUGACAGAGGUUCUGGAUGCCGUUGUGCGCUUCCCUAGUAUGCAACAUGCCACGGAUGCGUCACGCACCAGUGACAGCUCCAUGACUCUCUUCUCUACUGUGCCCGUCUCCCGUAUGUCGGUGUGCUUUGAAAUGAUGAGCCGCGUUCUCGCGUCGCGACAUCGCUCUAUAUUGAGACCAAUCCCUUAUGAGGGGCUGCUGCGCUUUGGACAGCUAUUGUGUGACACAUUUGAAGACACGCUUCGCAGUCAUGUGAGCGCUGGCGAUUUUACUGACCCGACGGUGACGCUGCCGAGCCCUACAAUGCAUGUGGUCGCAAAUUCCUUCUGGAGGCUUGUGAAGCGUUGCCAUGAGCGCAUUCGCGUGAUGACACGGCAAAGCCUCCGCCUCGUCACCUCUGAUUGUGAAGAGUCGAAGGUACGAUUAAUAGACGCACUUAAUGAGGAGAGCAAGGUCCUCCACCUGCUUCUGCGAGCUGUGCUGCGUUGUAUGAUCAGUGUUGCUUGGCCGGGAUCGGGUAUCCUCUACGGUGCGAGUCGCAAGAAAGUUAAUCGGCGUCCUUCAAAUUUUGAUGUCACGGAAGCUGCACUUGCGGUACUGUCACUCUUCUUCCGUCCCUUAUGCCUACUGUGCCAACUCUCAACGCUGUUUCCAGUGACGAAAGACAUGCGACGUCUCAUGCAUCACCAUGAGAAUGCUCAGAGGCUUAUGCAGAUGGAUGGCAGUGACUCUUUCCUUCACCACUACUGCUUUCAUCCAAGCAACGCGAACUCUCCUUUCUAUGCGGACAACGGCACAGCACAAUUCCGCUCCUGCUGGCUCAUGUUGUCGUACUAUCGCUUUACAAAUGAAGCACUGAUGAUGACGCACUCUGGUGAGGUCCGGGCGGGGGCAAACGGGCGGGGGCGGCACGGUAAGUUCUUCUUGACAGCAUACCAAGCGAGAUGCAUUCGGCUUCUUGCCGCCUCGAUGCCACCACUCAUGCACAUGCGGUCCUCGGACUAUCAGCAGGCUAUGGCAGACAUUGAGGUGCUGGGUCGCUGCUUGUCUCGUAGCGGUGUGAUAAGUGAGGCUAAAUCCUACGAGAAGGAGUUGUGGCACUCUCUCCGAUAUUGCUGCCCAGAGAUUGGGCAUGGGAGAGGUCGGCUCUCGUUUUCUGAACUUUUCUUGGUGAAUGCCCUCGCCAUGCUUGAGAUGCUGCGUGCGUCGUGUGGAUCUAUUUCGACCAUUACACAGUAUCAGCAUUUUGAGGUGCGAGAGUUUGACGCCAGCAAGGACGUUCGGACCAUUGUAGAAGGCAUAACAGCGGCUGUCACGACACGGUACCUUUCAGCUCUGCAGAGUAUGCCCCCUGAAGUCGCAGCGAGCAGAAUUGAUGAGAAUGCAAGACAACUUGUAAUGCUUUACGGAUUCGCCAUUGACUCUGUAAGGCGCUCCGCCAAGGAUAUUCUCACGACGAUCAUCAACAUUUUCCCGGCUCCUUCAUCAAAUAGUGGAGCCCUCCCGUUGUUGUGGGCAGUGAUUAACUUGUUGGAGUCUGGAAAUUCAAAGGAAAUAGAACGUUUCUGUGAGCAUCUACGCUUCCCUGAAACUCCUGCGGUUGCCACAGAUCCUGAUUCCCUUGAGCGGCGGAAGCAGCUCCAAGAUGUUGUAGCUUUUGCUGAGUUUUGGGCUGCGGUUGCGCGAAGACGCACACCACUGGCGUUGCAGGAGCACGCAACAUUGUUUGUCGUGGAGACAGAGGGACCAUCCGGGGUACUCGGUUCUGGUGCUGGGUCGCAACUGGCGAUUCGUGCCCAGAGUGUAAACACUGCCUCACCUGAUUCAAGUCCGAAUUAUGCCCAGGGACUAAUCAAAAGGAGUAAUGCACAGGGGCAAAUGAUGGCUGCCUCCCGGUUGUUUCCACGGGGUGGCAUAGAAAACCUUUUUCUUGAGCGUUUAAAAGCCAUGGUGGAGGAUGGGCUCGAAACAAGAGGUGUGGCUGCGCAGUCGCAAGAAAAGGUGUUUGCAUCAUUGCUGAACACCGUUCGAGCUGUUGCAACGUUGGGAGAACGUGCUGAGGACGAGGACGAGGACGAGCAUCAUCAUCAUCAGCAGAAAACGUCGCAUAGAGGAAGGUCACCCAUACGCGCAGGACAAGCCGAACUGCAAAAGCUUUAUGAGGCCGAUACGCUUUUGUGUACUGUUGCGGCGUUUCUGACGUCACCGCAUAUCUCUCCCUCGGCGCGAAUGGAGCUUCUUAGAUAUCUUGUGCAGGGCCCCAUUCAUCUAUUCACAAGCCAUUAUAUAAAGGCUGCAAUUCAAGGCUGGAAUUGGCUUCUUUUUGAGAAGCGUGAGUGGUAUGCGGUGCCUCUGCUGGUACAGGUUGUGGAGGGAUUUCUUUGGACAAUUUCACAGAGGAUCGGCCUCUUUGAUGGUGCCAGACCGUCACAGUCAGACGAAGUGGAGUCUGGAGACCGAACAGCGUCAAUGCAGAGCACCACCAUUUACCCGGACGACUACAAUACAAACUCACCACACAAGGUUCUUAUUGGAUUUAUUACAUCGUGUUACGUGGACUUGGCGGGGCCUGUCACAUUUGACCCGUCUAUCCUUCUCCUUCUGCAUCGUCUCGCCAUGCGAGUAGUGGAGUCGCCGUCUCGAUUCUCUACGAAAGAUGCUUCUUUUUCAGAAACAAUGCGAUGCGCUUUGAUGGUGAGCUACAUUUGCCGAAAUUUACAAAUGGCGAACGGGCGCCGUUUGAAUGUGGGCUUGCCUGUGCUUGUGGCUUCUACUUCCAUUGGCGCUCUUCAUCAGGGCUUAUACAAGUGCCUCUUGCAAUGGUUUCGCAAGACACCACCGUCGUGGUACUUUUCACGGGAUCCCUCCGCUGCUGAAGAAGAAUUGACUGCUCUGGGGAAACUCAUAGGCGUGCUCGAUGCGGAUAAAGAGUCACUAUCACGAUCUGUGCAUGGAUUCCUGGAUUUUUCUGGAUUUGGCAAUGACGUUUGUUCGGCAUCUAAACUUACGAUUAUGGGGAACAUGGUGUGUCAAGGGGCGAGUGUAGGGAGUGGCUCCGUGCGUGGGGUGGGUUCCGGUGGUAUAAAAGAUGUUGAUGAGUGCAUUGCAGAAGAACGUGAUCGUCUAAUGAAUCUAAUUGGUCUGUUGCGCCUGUUGGUGGAGCAUGAACGCACACGAUUGAUGGUGUGGCUGCGGCCACGUGAAGCCUUUCAAAAUACUCAGAAUCACAAGGAGGUCUCAGAGGUUCUGUGGAAAGCACAUUGUGAGGCAGCGGCGCGAAAUGACCCCGCCGUGUUGUUGGCAUUGGUGACACGAUUUCCCAAUGCACAUGUUUUGGGGUUUGCCACACAACUCGUUUCAGAAAACCCUGAGGUGUUUUGUCACAUACCAGAGGCAGUCGAUUUGUACCUCAACGAUGCGGUGCUCAUGAAUGGUUAUCCUGCCCUUUAUAUGUUUACUAAUUGUGGUAUUGUGCAGGCCCUUCGUUUUUUGGACAGACGCUACACCUCACGUUACCCACAGGUCUCUGCUUACGCCCUUCGCAGUCUGUUGUCGCAGAAAAGUGAGAGUCUUAUCUUUUACCUUCCGCAGAUAUUACAAGUCCUUUCAGGUGACCAAACUGAUGGGAUAGCGACUUUUCUUCGAAAAAUGUGUGGAAAGAGUGAGAUGUUUACGCAUCAAUUGCUUUGGUCGCUGCGGACGGAAGGGGGGGGAGAGGGUGAACUUGCAAAAAAGUGUAUGCAACUCGCCUCUGAAAUACAGCAAGGGUUUGAUGCACAUAGGCGGGCGUUUCUUGAUGGUGAGUUUUCAUUUAUUCAGAGGAUAAUUUCUGUCUCGGGUGAGAUGAAGCCAGUGGAGAAGGCUCAGCGGAAGGAGAGGCUUCGAAUUCGUCUGCGGGAUGCGGAGUUUCAUGAACCGAUGGGGCGGCUACACUUGUACCUCCCUACGGACGUUAAUUGGCGCAUUGUGGGACUCAUUCCUCACACGGCUGGUGCUAUGCAAAGUGCGGCGAAGUGCCCCAUUUUGGUACAAUUUCAAUGUGUACCACGAGGGCACGAUGAUACUGAAGUGGCUCCAAAGAAGAGCAAAUCUGGGUCGUUGCCUAAGCAAACGGAAUCUGUAGUGAAGGCUUGUAUUUUCAAAAUGGGUGACGAUUGCCGUCAAGAUCAAAUUGCCCUUCAACUGAUUGGUCUUUUUCAGUCCAUCUUUAAUGCAAUUCAGGUGCCUUCUUACUUGUACCCUUACCGUGUGGUAACAACUGGAAAAGAUUGUGGUAUUAUUGAGUGCGUCCCGCGCGCGAUGAGUCGGGACCAAAUUGGAAAGCUGGUGGAAAGCAAUCUUGCGGAGUACUUUGUCCAGACGUAUGGGCACCCAGAGUCGGUAACCUUUCAUCGGGCUCGAGAUUGCUUUAUCCGAAGUAUGUCGUCGUAUUCCGUCGCUUCCUUUAUUCUAAACAUAAAGGACCGUCAUAAUGGCAACAUUAUGAUUGAUGCUCAUGGUCACCUUGUGCACAUUGAUUUUGGAUUUUUGUUUGACCUAUCGCCAGGGGGUGAUAUAAACUUCGAAUCAUCCCCCUUUAAAUUGACAGCAGAAAUGGUACAGCUCAUGGGGCACCCUGUGAAGAAGCGGGCGGGGACGGUGCAAAGUCCUUCCUUGGCGAAGGCGCUGGUGAAUCCUGAGGGGUAUGAUCUUUUUGUGGAUUUGACAGUUCGCUGCUACCUGGCCGUUCGGCAGUACGCCCGGCAGAUUUGUAUCCUUGUCGAGUUGAUGCUCAGCAGUGGGUUGCCUUGUUUCAAACCCCAGCGUACCAUUCAGGAUCUUGCAUGGCGCCUCUCCAUGCAGAAAAGUGAAGCAGAGGCUGCCGAUUUCAUCCUCAAACGAAUUGCCGAAUCAAAGGAAAACUUGCGAACAUUUUUGUACGAUCGAUACCAGAACAUUGCGGAGGGAAUAGAAAUGUAG